GUGGAGUUGUUUAGAUAGAUAAAGCGGUUCUCUGCUACAAAAGAAUGAACGAGUCUAGUGUUUUGCAUUUCCGAAUAAACAUUCAUUUUCAUAAUAAUUGAUAAGGACUGUAGUUGUUGGCUUUAAGCUCCAAUUGACAUCGAGUCAGUAGUUAAAAGCUUGUCCGACAAAUGAAGUUGUUUAAACCUGGUUCAGCUAGAAUUAACUGUGAUUAAAACGAUGCUUCACCGCUGCAUAAAUAGAUCGCACUGCCCGAAGUCAAGAGCGGAAGUUUUGCGUGACAGCAGUUGAGAUUCGAGUGAAGUUUCAACAUGGUUACAAGAAAAACGGUCAUUGUGCUCGUUGUAGGGACAUUAUCAUUUGUAGUGUCGUUUGUUGUGGGGUAUCUUGUGCGAAGAGCUACAUACACCCCAAAAUGUUCCGCGCCAUCAGUGAGCAGUGCAGGGAGAUCCAUGGCGCAAAGACAGAAAGACUGGGAUACGAUUGUCAAGAAGAUAGAUGCGUCGAAAAUUGACGCAAACAUGAGAUAUUUGUCCGCGAAGCCUCACGUUGCUGCCUCUCCAAGAAAUAACGAGCUUGCAGAUGAAAUUGCGAGAAGAUUCAAGUCCUACAGCUUUGAUGUUGAAAAGCAGCAUUAUAAUGUCCUGUUGUCGUACCCUCGUAAAGAUCGGCCUAACUAUGGUUACAUUAUUACUGAUACCAAUACGACAAACUUUAAAACCCAAUACAUUGAAGAUAUCCUCGAUCCAGCGGAAAAUUCCUCAGACGCCCUACAGCCAUUUAACGCUUUUGGUUUAGCUGGCAAUGCAACGGGGGAUUUGGUUUAUGCAAAUUAUGGCCGCGAGGAAGACUUUGCUAUGCUGAAGGAUCAUUUCAAGGUGAAUUGUACUGGAAAGAUUGUCAUCGUGAGAUAUGGCAAAGUAUAUCGUGGAGCGAAGGUUUUCAAUGCUCAAAUGAAUGGGGCUAUUGGCAUUUUCAUUUACAACGACCCGAAAAACUAUGGACCAGUCCCAGCAGAUAAGACGUAUCCAAAAAGCAUGUGGAUGCCAAGAGACGGAGUUCAACGUGGUUCCAUUGGUUUAGGAGAUGGAGACAUCUUGACCCCUGGAUGGCCCUCGACGGAUGAUGCCUAUCGGAUGCCUAUGGACACCGCUCCUGGAUUACCCAAGAUACCUUGCCAUCCCAUCUCUGCAAGAGAUGCAGAGAAAUUUCUAAGUAAGAUGGGUGGAACUCCAGUUGGUUUCACAAACUGGACAGGAGGCUUGGGUAUCACAUAUAAAGUUGGACCAGGAUUCAACUCAUCCUACGCUGGCUGGAAAGCCAAAUUGGAAGUGCACAAUACCCGUGAUAUACUGAAGAUAACAAAUGUUAUUGGAACAAUACGAGGAGCAACUGAGCCAGAUCGCUAUGUUAUGGUUGGCAAUCAUCGUGAUUCCUGGGUCUUCGGUGGGGUUGAUGCAUCAAGUGGCGGAUCAGUUCUUUUGGAACUUGCCAGAGUCUUUGGAGAGUAUCUAAAAACAGGUUGGCGUCCUGCCCGAACAAUCAAGUUCUGCAGCUGGGGCGGCGAGGAAUCUGGUCUCAUUGGCUCAUCAGAGUAUGUAGAGCAAUACGUGAAGAUCUUGCGGGACAGGACUGUAGCCUAUGUGAAUAUUGACACAGCUGUUUAUGGAAAUUAUUCAGUACAUUUGGCAGCUAGCCAAUUAUUGUAUCAAACGAUUUAUGCAAACCUCAAGAAGGUUAAAGACGCAAAUACGGCUAUGACUAUGUUUGAAAAGGCUGUAAAGACAGCCCCAUCAGCAACAGCAAAAAAUUUUCCCAGGAUUGGUGCAGUUGGAACAGGCAGUGACUAUGCACACUUUUAUCAUUACGCCACUAUUCCUGUUCUUGAUAUUAUGCAUGGAAUGCAAGAUAUCCAUUCAAAAUACGAUGGAACGUCAUACUACCCAGUCUACCAUUCUCUUCACGAUACAUACCACUGGAUGAAGGUUUUCAUUGAUCCAAAAUUUGAAUGCCACCGCUCUGUUGGGGAGUUCACAGGUCGUAUUCUUCUGCAGUAUGCCGAUUCUGAAUUGGUUCCCUUUGACCCACGUGACUAUGCCACAGCCUUGCAAAAGGGUGUCGAUGAUAUCAAAAAAGUGUUUACACAAAGAGCGGUUCAGAGUAAUGUUGCCAACACAACAUAUUUGCAAAAGGCAGUAACAGCAUUCAAGUUAGCUGCUGACAAUUUUACGAAAGAUCUUGCAAAGCUAGACAAAACUUCAGUAUUACCUCUGCGUAUAGCAAAUGACCAACUGACACAAAUGGAAAAGGGUUUCUUGUACUUCCCUGCGUUUCCAGGCAGAGCAGGAGUCAGGCAUAUCAUUUUUGCACCGGCUGAAUUCAAAACCUAUGGUGCAUCUGCAUUUCCUGGAGUUACUGAUCUUCUUUAUGAGAUUACUGAAGUCAAGAGAAAGCCGUGGUCAGAGCUGCAAAAACAUCUCACUAUUGUGUCGUCCACCAUCGAAGGGGUAUCUGCAUCCCUUAAAAAGGCAUGGUAGCCUGAAUAAUUUAUCAACUAACCUACGAUUUUGUGCUUUUUCGUUUUUUUUAUUACGGGUAUUUGCGAGUCAUUCACCACAAAUCAUUUGCUGAUUAUUUUGAUAAAGUAGAAAGUUGAUUUAGUCAUCUGUGAUGGCAACUGUUGGUUACGAAAAUUAAUUUAUAAUUUCUUUUGUAAAGUCAAGUUUUAAUAGGAAUGCUAUUAUAGCUCGUUUAUAACGAGAGGCAAAAAUUAUGUAAUUGAGUUUUGAUAGAGAGAAAUAGAAAUAGAGUAGAGAGAAAUCAACUUUUAUAGAGUUUAAUAUGAUAAAUUUUAUAUGAGUUUCCUGCACAUUUAUAAAUUUUAAUAAUUUUUAGCUAAUUUGUAAUUUUAAUCAUUGAAUAUCAACUAUUUUGAUUUAGUCAAUAAAUUAAAGUAUCAUCCUUGAAAA